AUGAAUAUUUCGUUAAGUGAAUUUCAAGAUGAAGAAUAUAAUGAUUUAUACUAAAAUUUUUCAGAGUCAGCCUAAUAAUUAACUUCACCACCAGAUGAAAUUAUGUUUAUUGAUGAUUUAGUAUUGGGUGUGCACAUUACUUACGAUGAUGUGUUGAAAUUAAACAAUGAUGGAAAAAUGAAUUUUAAGAGUAUGAUUUACUUUAUUAACUACCUUUAAAAGCGUUCUAAAGCUGUUCACUAAUAUUACUUAGCUUAUUAAAGAUAAAUGUUAGAUCUUGUGGAGUAAUUGAACUCUUUAUUAAGAAAAAAUUAACAAAAGGGCGAUCCAAUUAACUAUAUUCUCAUAUUCUAUUGGACCGAUAGGUGGGUAACUGGGAUAUUUAAUUUAAAAACAACAGUUUUAGAUAUUGUGGAUCUCUAGAAAAAUAAGACGAAGGAUGAUUUAAAAAAAUCAUAUGAACAGUUACUUAAAAAAACAGGAUUGGCAAAAGUAUCUUUCAAGACUGUGAAUUACAUAUAUUAGGAAGAUAAAGCAACUGAUGGGGGAAUGUAUAUUAUAAAUUAUUUGUAUCAAACUAUUGUCAAAGGGUAAUCAUUUGUAAAAUUGUAACCGAGUGACAAGGUAAAAUUAAAAUCUCAAUUGUUGUGGUUAUUUUUCAGAGGUGAGAAAUCUUUACAUGUUGAUUAUCCUCCAUUGCCAGCAUUAGCAUAAUGGAAUGAAAAUGAAAUUAAAUAAUAUUAAGUGGCAAAUCUAGACCCAUUUCUAACAGGCUAAUGGACAGGAAUUGAAGUUUAAUUAACUGAUUUUGAACUACUCUAAAAAUCUGGAAAAUCUAAACUUCACAUGAUGGCCUUUUGGCUGUCUUAUUUGUAUUAUUUUGAUUUGUAGAGCAAAACACCAUUAAUUCCUUUUUUUGUAGUAGCAGAAGGAGAUGAAAUUUGUGAAGAAUUUGAAAUAAUCUUUAAACCUAGAAGGAGAUAAGGCGCUGAAAAUGAAAGAUUAAUCAUAUUAUAGUAUAUUAAAAAUACCAGAUGGGUUUUUGCAAUUUACCAUAUGACUUAAAAAUCUCUAGAUAUUGUAGAUCUCUAAAAUAAGAAUGUAACUAAAGAUGAAUUGAAAAAUUCCUUUGAUAAAUUGAUAUCAUCUUUAAUCACCUACAAUAAUCCAGCUCCAAACUAUAUAUUCUAAAGCUAUGCCUGA